AUGCUCUCCGAUCUCACCACGCUAGUAGUAGGCUAUGUCUUCUACACAAUCUGUUUUCUGAUCAUCACAAUACGACUGUCUGCAACCUGGGCAAGAGAGAAGAAAUGGAGGCACGAUGAUUACUGGAUGCUAGGGGCCCUCGGGAUACUAGUUGUGAGGACGGUGGUGAUUCAUUUGGUGUUGGUGUGGGAUACGAAUAAUGUGGAGGAGUGGGCGAGGAACGGGUUGCGAAAACAAGAAGUGGAAAGGAGAGAGAUGGGGAGUAAAAUGGCGUUGGUGGCUAGGUCCUGUUAUGCUGCGUUUAUUUGGUCGAUGAAAGCAUGUAUACUGGCGCUGUACUCAAGGAUCGUUCAGCUGUUGGAGGUGUAUAGGAAGUAUAUCAAGUAUAUAUGGGUACUUUUAUUCCUGACAUUUGCGGCGGUGAUGGUGUCGACUCUAUUGGAGUGCCGGCCAUUUAAUCACUAUUGGCAAGUUAUUCCAAAUCCAGGCAGAGCAUGUACAUUCGCCGAAGCCCAGCUAUACACAACCGGAGCAUGCAAUAUCGCAACAGACUUAGUCCUAAUACUCUAUCCCCUUCCCAUGGUCUUCCACACCAGUCUCCCACGAAAACGAAAAAUCCAACUCUAUGCGCUCUUCUCGCUUGGUUUCUUCGUCAUCCUAGUCAGCAUAUUCCGGCUUCCAUUCGUGAUGGAAAACCACGCAAUCCAGCGCUGGCGCACACUUUUCGCAUCCAUCGAGAUGCUAGUAGCCUGCUGUGUCGCAAACGCGCCAGUCAUGUACCGUCUCAUCAAAGCGCAAGCCGCCAAGCACACUACAGCAUCUGCAGACUCGGCGUCCCGUGCGAGUCCGUAUUGGUUCUCGGUGAACCGAUCGGCGAGAAGACAGACAAGUGAGAUUGAUGAAAUUGAGUUUAGGGUGCUGGGCCUUGCCCUAGAGGAGGACGAGGAGGAGGGUAUUGGGAGUAGUAACAAGGGGAGUCAGGAGACGGAGAGAAAGCAGCAGGUAUAG